AAGUCACCGCUCAAGUGAAGGCUCAAGACAUUACCAGCAGUGUGUGUGGAUUCAGUGAAAAUUACCCGAACGCGGACUGCCUUUGACCGUACCAAUGUGUCUCGUCUGCAGAUACAGGACCUUCAUACUGGCUAAUUUAUUUCAUGGACGCAACAGAAUAUCAGAAAAGAUGGAAUAAGUGAAGGAGACGUACGGGAGCCUGGUCCGCAGCAGCGUUUUGUUGAAUUGCGAGUGGGAUCACACAGCUGCUGGCUACGAAAAUGUCGGGGAAAAUAGAGAGCAAGCAAGACUCGCAGAGGUCCCACCUGUCCUCUUUCACUAUGAAGGUGAUGAACAAAUUCCACUCUCCCAAAAUCAAGAGGACACCAUCCAAGAAGGGCAAACCGCAGCAGCCUGAACCCGAAGCCAAAAGUACAGAGAAACCAGCCAACAAGAAGGUGAGCCGCCUGGAGGAGCAUGAGAAGGAGGUUGUGAGUGCACUGCGUUACUUUAAGACCAUUGUGGACAAAAUGGUUGUUGAGAAGAAAGUGCUAGAGAUGCUUCCAGGUUCAGCCAGCAAAGUACUAGAAGCCAUCUUGCCCCUGGUUCAAGUGGAGGCCCGAAUACAACAUAGUACUGCGCUGUCUUCCUGUCACAACCGAGUUUACCAGAGUCUGGCAAAUCUAAUACGAUGGGCCGACCAAGUAAUGCUAGAUGGCAUAGACUUGGAAGACAAGGAAAAUGUGGCUGCGGUCACCAGUGUUAUCAAAGCUGUUUUGGAUGGUGUUAAGGAACUGGUGAAGCUUACCAUCGAGAAGCAGGAACAGCCAUCACCUACCACUCCUAACAAACCUGUACCACCUGCUUCCCCGGCAGAGAACAGUGAGACACCUUCACUGGAGCAGGAGCAGGAACUGUCCCCAAAAGUGACUCCAGCAUCUCCUCCAGCAGAGCCUGCCACUGAUGGACCAGAUGAGGAUGUGGCCCCCCCAAAACCUCCUCUUCCUGAAGCCAAAAUGGCAGAGCUCAGAGCACAGUUGAGUGCUGAUGCUGGCCAAAGAAGACCUUGCCAAAAGGAGAAUCCUCCACCAGCCUUACCACCUAAAAAACGUCAGUCGGCUCCAUCACCAACGCGGGUUGCAGUGGUGGCUCCUAUGAGCCGUGGAUCCAGUUUACCGUGUAGUGUUCAUAGACAGCAGCAGGACUAUGAGCAAGAGUUUCUUCAGAGGCGAUUCUCAGGUGGAAGCCAGUCAUACGGUGGAGACUCCCCUCGCCUGUCUCCAUGCAGUAGUAUGGGGAAACUUAGCAAAUCUGAUGAGCAGCUGUCCUCCAUGGAGCAGGACAGUGGACAGUGCUCUCGUAACACUAGCUGUGAAACUCUCGACAACGCAGAAAAUUAUGACCCAGAUUACGACUUCCUUCAUCAGGACUUGUCUAAUGGAGAAAACCUGCCCCCUAUCCCUGUGGGGGGAUGUCUCAGCCCCCUCCCAGAAUCUCACAGUGAAUCCUCUUCCCCAGUGCCUGGACAGCACCCUUCACAUCCUCGCUUCAGCGCACCCCCACCACAGCAUCCACCGGAAUACUGGACCCCACAGCCAAACCAGACCAACCCUUUACAUGCAUCCCGUAUUAGUGCACCACCUGCAUUGCCCCAAAAGAAGAGACGAAGCACUCAGACGUCAGCCUUUCAGAUGGGGUCUAGGGUGCUGUAUGAACGUUAUCCCUCUCAAUAUGACAACUUGUCAGAAGAGGAACUGCAUCCAACACCACCUUUCCCCCUUUUUACACCCAUCUCACCAAUGCCACAGUCAAAUGGGGGCGUUUUUGUUGCUCAGUACAUGGCCAGUGAGAAUGCGGAUGUGCCCUCCAGCCCACCACCACUGCCUGAGAAGAAAAGUCGACACAUUCUCCAGUACAUGCAGUUUGUGGAAGACUACUCUGAGCCGCAGCCCUCUGUAUUCUACAAAUGCCACAAAGUGGAGAGCAUCUAUGAACAGCGUAAUACGCUUUCAAGAGUAUAUGGCUUUAAUGACUCCUUUAGCAGCACGGACUCUGUCCAUGAGCCAGUUCAACCUCCAGCGCCCCCAAAGCAAAGGCAACUGAGCGAGAGUGCCAACGACGAGGGUGGAGAGGGGGAGUACGUCAACUUGUACUCAUCCAGCCAGGCCAAUGGGGAGCUGCUUCUCUCCCACAGAGAAACUAAUGCUACUGAAGAUGUACUUCAAGAUCCAACCCCUCAAACGACAUCGACUAAUAGCAAAGAGGCUAUAGACAAAGGACGAAGACCAAAGUCUGCAGAUUCAGCUGAGAGUGACGAAGAAGAUGUUGAUGAGUUGUCCCUUAUUGACCACAAAGAGAUUAUGAGCAGGUUAACACUGAAACAAGAGAAUGAUGAUGGCCCAGAUGUUCGAGCUGGAUCGGGGGAUAUUUUAUUAGUCCAUGCUACAGAAACAGACCGAAAAGAUCUGGUUCUCUACUGUGAAGCAUUUCUGACAACAUAUCGGACUUUUAUCACCCCGGAGGACCUUAUUAAGAAGCUACAUUACAGAUAUACAAGGUUUUGUCACAGUCCAGACAUAUUCAAGAAGAGGGUCAGCAAGAAUACUUUCUUUGUUCUGGUCAGAGUAGUGGAUGAGCUGUGUCUUGUGGAGCUGACCGAAGACAUCCUUAAACAGUUAAUGGACCUGGUAUUCAGGUUAGUGUGUAAUGGUGAACUAAGCCUUGCUCGUGUGCUCCGUAACUACAUCCUGGACAAAGUGGAACAGAAAAGGUUGCUGCGCUACACCAACUCCCUGAAACCCCUCUCGGCACGGGGUGUCUCUGCCAGGCCUGGUACCCUCCAUGACUUCCGCAGUCAUGAAAUUGCAGAUCAGCUCACUCUUCUUGAUGCUGAACUCUUCUAUAAAAUUGAAAUUCCAGAAGUUCUACUUUGGGCCAAGGAGCAAAAUGAGGAAAAGAGUCCUAACUUGACUCAGUUUACUGAGCAUUUCAACAACAUGAGUUACUGGGUUCGCUCUUUGAUAAUCCAGCAGGAGAAACCUCAAGACCGAGAGAAGCUGCUUCUCAAGUUCAUUAAAAUAAUGAAGCACUUAAGAAAGUUGAAUAAUUUCAACUCGUACUUGGCAAUACUGUCUGCACUGGACUCUGCCCCUAUUAGGAGAUUGGAGUGGCAAAAGCAGACUUCUGAGGGAUUGGAGGAAUAUUGCACAUUGAUUGACAGCUCCUCCUCCUUCAGAGCAUACAGAGCAGCUCUUGCUGAAGUGGAACCUCCAUGCAUCCCCUACUUGGGUCUUAUUCUACAGGACUUGACAUUUGUGCAUUUGGGAAAUCCAGACCUCAUUGAGGGAAAAGUCAAUUUCUCCAAACGCUGGCAACAAUUUAACAUCUUGGACAGCAUGCGUCGCUUCCAGCAAGUGCAUUACGAGCUAAAACGAAAUGAAGAUAUUGUGUCCUUCUUCAAUGACUUCAGUGACCACCUUGCAGAAGAGGCGCUAUGGGAGCUGUCACUUAAAAUAAAGCCCAGGAACAUUGCUAGACGUAAAACGGAUCGUGAGGAAAAGACCUAGGCCCAUUGGGCCUCUAUCCUGAGGCUUUAGAAAUGACCUCCAACUGUGCUUCAUGACACUAUCUCCACUUUACUACAGAAUGAAAGAAAGAAGAAUGGAUGCUAUAUACCUGCGCUAUGGGAGACUCGUUUUGAGAAAACAGUGAUGUUUACAAGGAGCUCCACUGCUGUGGGAGAAGUAAUUGGGAUUACUGCAGCUCUGGUAUUUACACAAUGAGUGGUGACGCUGAAAUGGGAGGAUGCCAGGGGACUGAGGAGUAAAGAAUUUUAAGGCAGACAGGGCGACACUGGUAAAAUAACCAAAGUCUGCUUACUGGAAUCUGUUUUGGAGUGGAGCUGUUGAGUGUGAGUGAGCUUGAGGUGAAUGGUCCAUUACUUUGCAAUUUGCUCUUUCCCCACCAUUAUAUUAUGUGCCAUUUAUUGGUCAUGUUCUGAAGCCUGACUCUUCCUCAAACAGCAGAGCCUCAAGUAGAGCUUGCAAUGAACUGUCGCGGGCCUGGGAGUCUGCUGAAGCUAGAGAGGAACUGAACUUGAAGAAAGGAUGACCUUUUAAAGACUGGAACUGAUGAGUUUGUUUUGAAACAUUUUGUCAGAAAUCAACUAUGGUUAUAAUAUGUAUUAUAUACAGUUCUCCUUUUGUUUAUAAAAGGAUGUUUGUUUAUGCUAAUGAGAAGAGCUUGGCUUCUCGUAAGUGCCAUACAUAUGUGCACUAAAAAAGCAAAAGCAAAAAAUUAUUGAUUACAAAAGAUGCUGUGAUCUAUGUACAUCAUACUGAAUCAUUGUGUGUUGUGUUUAACUGGGGAACCAUCAGGCAAUCACAAUCGGACGUAAGUUUUGUGUGUCUGUGAGAGUGAAAGUGUGACUGAAGUCUACUGUGACUUGUGUGCUUGUCAUUCCAAAAUGUUCUAAAGUAAAUCAUUUCAAGUCAUUUUUGAAUAUUGGUCAGAACCACACGUCACACUCUUAAUCAAUAAAACAAACGUUUCUACA